CUCACGGGCAGAAGCAACUGACUGUAAACUUGAAUACAUUAAAACUUUUUAUUUUUUUAAUUUUUUUUAAACGGAUACUUUCAAGAGAAGAUUAACGGACCAAACUUUUAGAUAGUCUUAAAACUUUUUUUUUUUAACGCGUCUUUUUUUCCUCUUAAACAAGCUAACCGGAACAAAGGACUCGACGUUACUGUUUUUUUUUGUUUGUAUCACAACAACCUUUAACGUUUGUUAAAGUAAACUAGCUUUAUGUAUUUGGAUUUAUUAUAUCUUUCCCGCCGUCCUACUAUGGUCAUAAUGGAGGUUCCCACCAUCGACUGUGCGUCCCUCUGUGGUCUGUUGGAGGACGACGUCCCCGGCUGUCUGCUGCUGGACUGCCGCUCCUUCCUGUCCUUCAACUCGUCCCACAUAUCGGGCUCCACCAACGUGCGCUUCAGCACCAUAGUGCGCAGGAGGGCCAGAGGUGGGCUCGGACUUGAGCACAUAGUCCCCAAUGAGGACACCAGGACCAGGCUGCUGUCCGGGGAGUACCAGUCUGUGGUGCUGCUUGACGACCGCAGUUCGGACUUAAGCCAGGCGAAGAAAGACGGGACCUUGAUGCUCGCUGUUACGGCCCUGUGUCGCGACCCAUGUGGAGUCCGAGUUUUUAUUCUUAAAGGCGGUUUUGACACAUUUUCCUCAGAGUAUCCUGAGAUGUGUACCAAACCCUCCCCUCCACAAGGGCUCAGCUUGCCCCUGAGCUCCAGCCACCCUGAGAGCGCCGACCCAAGCUGUAGUCCAUGCAAUACUCCUCUGUACGACCAGGGCGGUCCUGUGGAGAUCUUGCCUUUCCUGUACCUUGGCAGCGCUUACCACGCUUCAAGAAAAGACAUGCUGGACAUGCUGGGGAUCACCGCUCUGAUCAACGUCUCUGCCAACUGCCCGAACCACUUCGAGGGCUCCUUCCUCUACAAAAGCAUCCCAGUCGAGGACAACCACAAAGCUGAUAUCAGCUCCUGGUUCAACGAGGCAAUCGAGUUUAUCGACUCAGUGAGAAAUAAAGGAGGCCGUGUGUUUGUCCACUGUCAAGCAGGCAUCUCCCGCUCCGCCACCAUUUGCCUUGCCUACCUCAUGCGUACCAACCGCGUGAAGCUGGACGAGGCCUUUGAGUUUGUCAAGCAGCGCCGCAGCAUCAUCUCCCCGAACUUCAGCUUCAUGGGACAGCUCCUCCAGUUUGAGUCUCAGGUCCUGGCUACGUCCACCUGCUCCUCGGAGGCCGGCAGCCCAGCCAUCGGCAACAGCAGCACAGUUUUCAACUUCCCCGUGUCGAUCCCCGUACACGCCUCAGCUGGUCAGCUCUCAUUCCUCCACAGUCCCAUCACCACCUCUCCCAGCUGCUGAGGAAGAUGCAGACUUUUUUUAUUUGGACUUGAACUGAAACUUACAAGUGCCUCUGCAAAGAGCACUGCACAAGAUCAUAUUUUAUGGUGAUAUGGCGCUAUCACUGGACAGAAUGGGGAAGUAGUGUUUGGGGUCAGUUCAUUUGACUCUGUGAUCUUGCUGGCCAAAUCUCUGUAAGUUGGUCUCAUCAUUUCAAAGGGAGAUUUGAUCACUACCAUCAGGCAGUAUUCAUGUUUAACCUCCUGAAUGUUAGAGUCAUCCAAAGUUUGAAUCCUGAAUGGCUUAGGGAGAUGGCUGAAAGGAUAGUCGAGGUUAUUCCUGUAGAGGAAGUUAUUAGUAUCUGAAUAUUCUUUAUUCAAAGAACUGUUUUUGGCUUUUUGUUUGUUUUUUAAUGAAGGCAACUGCUUUUGAUAAUCACAAUCAUUUAAAACAAAAUAGAGAGGACUGUUGUCUCAGGAAAGUUGACUUAUCCUCUCCAAUGUCCCUUUUUGCUUUCCGUACUGGUCAAAGAAAGCAGCAUAAACCUAUUUGCCCCACAUGGCAUGGAAGUUACUCCUUCAUUUGACGAACAAUGAAUGUAUCCCCCCCCUCUUUUCAAUGUAAAUGUGGCAGAAAUCUUCAUGUUCGGUUUGAGAGUUCGAUGGGUUGCCAAUUCAAAUGCAAAUACCUGCCUUUCAAGACAUCAUGAAACCUUGACGAUCCUGACACAUUGGGGAAAUGGACCAUUAAAUACCUCAUGUUUCUGUACUGUGUACUGCAGCGCUGAGACAGACAGACACAACCCCAAAAACUACUCGAAUGGGGACACGUAGUCAUCAGUGACUGCAUUCUGACAUAUUUAUUGAACUAAAGUAAUAUAUUUCUUUAUCAUAUCUAUUUUUGCAUAUUGUUUGUUUAAAUGUUGUUUUUAUACCGUUUAAUAAAUCUCAUUUGACUUUUGUACUUA